AUGCAUAAUACACGUCGCAAGGGUCUACCUUUAGAAACAUUUCAACCAGAUCUCACAUCUUUUGAGCGAAGCAUCAGAAAAUCAGCUCAAAAGAAUCUAAAUAUGGCAUACGUAGUUGCAGAUCCACCUGGUUUGGAUAAUGUUGGGGAUAACAGAGUGGUCCCACAGAUUCAGCAAAAUCAGGAGGAUCCACAAGGACAGAAUAACAACAGACAGAGACAACCAACAUUGAUGGAAUUCUUUCAGCCGAAUGUAGGAAAUACUACUCAUGGUUACUUUGCACAUCCUGUGCAGGCAAACCAUUACGAGAUUAAAACCAGUAUCAUUCAGUUGUUAGAAGCCCGCUGUCAGUUUUAUGGGCUACCAAAUGAAGAUCCAAAUGUGCAUCUCUCGAACUUCCUGGAGGUGUGCAGUACUUUCAAGCUCAGUAACAUGACAGAAGAUGAAGUUUGGCUGCGCUUAUUCCCAUUUUCUCUGAGGGAUAAAGCAAAGAUCUGGAUUCAUGCUCUGCCCAGAGUAGGCAUUAACAGAUGGUCAGAUUUGGCCAAGGCAUUCCUGAACAAGUACUUUCCCAUGGCGAAGACCGCAAAGCUGACUAGAGAUAUCAUGCUUUAUCAGCAACUGGAUGGAGAAUCAGUGAGUGACGCGUGGGAGCGGUACAAGGAAAUGCAGAGAAAGACCAGGAGUAUCAUUGAUACAGCCGCAGGAGGGUCAUUAAUGAGGAAGACCACUGACGCAGCAUUUGAGCUGUUAGAUGAGUUGGCAGUGAACAACUGUUCUUGGCCAACCGAGAGGGCCAAAGUACCUGCUCAGAGAGGAGUUAUGGCAGUUAAUACUGAUCCAGUGGUGGAGACGGUCAAGUCAUUACUGCAGGAUUUUCUUACAAAACAAGUUGUAGCGACCAACACUCAUAGUGUGGCUGCAAUUCAGAAUAGCUGUGAGGUUUGUGGAGAACCUAACCAUGUGGCGAGUGAGUGCUAUGUGAUGUCACAUCCGUUCAGUGAGCAAGUCAACUAUAUGGGUGGACAGAGACCAGACAAUGACCCAUAUUCCAACACAUACAAUACAGGGUGGAGAAAUCACCCAAAUUUCUCAUGGAAAGAUAAUGGAAGCCACACCCACAAUCAGGCAGGUCCUAGUUUUCAAGGAGAACAAAGACCACAACAGAAUCAGGGUAGCUUCCAAAAUCAAGGCAACUUUCACCAUCAGAAUAAUAGGCCACAGCAUCCACCUGGUUUUCAGCAGAAAGAACAUGGAGAGUCUCUACACAGUAAGAUGGACAAAAUGAUGGAGUUGAUGCUAAAGAAAGACGCAGAGACUCAACAAGCACUCAAAAAUCAUGCUGCUACUAUUCAUAACCAAGAAUUGCAAAUACAGCAGAUGGCUAAAGCACUGCAGAUCCGAAAUCAAGGAGGAUUGCCAUCCACCACUGAGGCAAAUCCAAGAGAGCAAGUCAAGGCGAUAACACUGAGGAAUGGAAAGGCAUUGGAUGAUCCAUACGCAGCAAGUACUACCGCAGAGGCAGAAAAUAAGCAGUGUAAGGAAAAGGAACCUGAAAAGUUUUUAGAUACUUUCAAGAAGCUGCAAAUCAACAUCAGUUUGGCUGACGCAUUACGAGAAAUGCCGCACUAUGCCUAG